CAGCACUUGAAUGCAGCAUAUGAGCUCACAGGUAGCGGAGGAAGAGUCUUAGCAGCGUGGAUAUGUCGGACCCGGCGGCGCAGGCCUUGCAACCCCGGCUUCUUCAAGCCCAGUCUACUGGGUCAGCUGGGUCCAGUACUGCCGCGACAGGCUCCGGGGCAGCAAGUAGUGACCCGGCGAGACCGGGACUGAGCCAGCAACAGCGUGCAAGCCAGAAGAAAGCCCAAGUGCGAGCGUUCCCACGGGCGAAAAAGCUUGAGAAACUUGGCGUAUUCUCCGCCUGCAAGGCAAGUGACACCUGCAAGUGCAAUGGAUGGAAAAACCCAAAUCCACCAUCAGCCACACGUAUGGACCUGCAGCAGCAGGCAGCCAGCCUGAGCGAGCCGUGCCGCAGCUGUGGACAUGCUCUGGCUAAUCAUGUGUCCCACCUGGAGAACGUGUCUGAGGAUGAGAUUAACAGGCUGCUGGGGAUGGUGGUGGAUGUAGAGAACCUCUUUAUGUCUGUGCACAAGGAGGAGGACACUGACACCAAACAGGUCUACUUCUACCUUUUUAAGCUGCUGAGGAAAUGCAUUCUGCAGAUGAGCCAGCCAGUUGUCGAGGGAUCCCUUGGAAGUCCACCGUUUGAAAAGCCCAACAUCGAGCAGGGGGUUUUAAAUUUUGUUCAGUAUAAGUUUAGCCACCUGGCACCAAAGGAAAGGCAGACCAUGUUUGAGCUGUCAAAGAUGUUCCUCUUGUGCCUAAAUUACUGGAAGCUUGAGACACCAACGCAGUUUCGCCAGCGCACCCAGAAAGACGAUGGAACAGCAUACAAGGUGGACUAUACCAGGUGGCUUUGCUACUGCCACGUCCCUCAGAGCAACGACAGCCUCCCGCGCUAUGAGACCACUCAGGUGUUUGGCCGCAGUUUGCUGAAGUCCAUCUUCACUGUGACCAGACGGCAGCUGCUGGAGAAGUUCAGGGUGGAGAAGGACAAGCUGCUACCAGAGAAACGAACCCUCAUCCUCACACACUUCCCUAAGUUUUUGUCUAUGCUUGAAGAGGAAAUCUAUGGGGAGAAUUCACCCAUCUGGGAGGCCGACUUCACCAUGCCGGCUUCCGAUGGCACACAGCUGGGGCAUCAGACAGUGAUCAGUCCGGCUGCAGUGUCCGGCUCCCCCGCACUGCCAAAGGGUCUGAGCAGUAUUUCCUCUCUGGGCAGCAUGGAUGCUGCAGGUGCAGAGCCAAUCACAGGAGAGAAACGCAAACUUCCCGACGCACUCACCCUGGAGGACGCCAAGCGGAUCCGUGUCAUGGGAGACAUUCCAAUGGAGCUCGUCAAUGAAGUCAUGAUGACAAUCACUGACCCUGCUGCUAUGCUCGGACCAGAGACUAAUCUUCUGACGCCUAACGCUGCCCGUGAUGAGACUGCCAGACUGGAGGAGAGGCGGGGCAUCAUAGAGUUCCACGUCAUUGGAAACUCGCUUUCCCAGAAGUCCAACAAAAAGAUCCUGAUGUGGCUGGUCGGCCUGCAAAAUGUCUUCUCUCAUCAGUUACCUCGCAUGCCCAAAGAGUACAUCACCCGGCUGGUGUUUGACCCAAAGCACAAGACCCUCGCCCUCAUCAAAGAUGGCCGCGUCAUCGGUGGCAUUUGUUUCAGGAUGUUUCCCACUCAGGGCUUCACAGAGAUCGUCUUCUGUGCCGUCACAUCCAAUGAGCAAGUCAAGGGCUAUGGCACCCACCUGAUGAACCACCUGAAGGAGUAUCACAUCAAACACAACAUCCUCUAUUUCCUCACGUACGCUGACGAGUACGCCAUCGGCUACUUCAAGAAGCAGGGCUUUUCUAAAGACAUCAAAGUGCCGAAGAGUCGAUACCUAGGAUACAUCAAAGACUACGAGGGAGCGACUCUCAUGGAGUGUGAGCUGAACCCCAGAAUCCCUUACACCGAGCUCUCGCAUAUCAUCAAGCGACAGAAGGAGAUCAUUAAGAAGCUGAUUGAGAGGAAGCAGAGCCAGAUCAGGAAGGUUUACCCAGGUCUCACCUGCUUCAAAGAGGGGGUGCGACAGAUCCCAGUGGAGAGCAUCCCAGGCAUAAGAGAGACAGGCUGGAAACCCAGUAACAAGGACAAAGGGAAAGAGGUGAAGGAUCCUGAUGUGUUAUACAACAUGUUGAAGAACCUGCUGGCCCAGAUAAAGACUCAUCCUGACGCGUGGCCCUUCAUGGAACCAGUGAAAAAAUCAGAGGCUCCAGAUUACUACGAGAUCAUCCGCUUUCCCAUCGACCUGAAGACCAUGACAGAGAGACUGAAGAACAGAUACUACGUGACCAAGAAGCUUUUCAUUGCCGACCUGCAGCGGAUCAUCAGCAACUGUCGCGAGUACAACCCGCCAGACAGCGAGUACUGCAAGUGUGCCAACACCUUGGAGAAGUUCUUCUACUUCAAAUUAAAAGAUGGAGGCUUGAUUGAGAAAUAGACUUUUCUACAGAAUUAUUUAACAGACGAAAACAUGACUUUCACAGACGCGGCAAAGACACUGAGACGGAGCAGAUCAUGAGGAAGACAUUGCUAGCCAUUGUCACAUCUGAGAUAAUAAAAGGGUAUGCACUCCAGUGACACAUUGUACAGGGGAAUUGUUGGACUUGAACAAAUAUAACAUACGAGUGUUUGGAAUUAUCAGAGCCAGUUAAGUUACAAAGUGUCAAAAUGGCAUUACCUUUCUCAAGGUUAUCUUCAAUCUUUAUUUUCCGGUUCUCACAGCGAGUUCAUAAUCUCCAUAUACAUGUUAGAGGUUCAUUAAGUGUACCAAAGUUAUAGGUCCAAGUCAUAACAAUGCCACACUUCCCACGGUUAUUGAAAGUGACCUGUUUUUUUUUUUUGUGUGUGUGUGUGUGUCACAUUUAUUGUCGUUUGUUCAUUCCAAGUUGCUUUACGACUUGUCACUCAAACAGAUGUUUAUGUAGUGUAGAGUUGUCAUAGAAACUGGACCUCGGGACCUAAAGCCACGUUGCCUUCUGUUACUGACAAACACUUGAACAUAUCCCAGCCAUCUUCAAGGGUUUUAUGGAAGACAAGAUACUCAAAAUGUUCGGUAUUUUUGAAAAGAUUCCAUCAGUUUUUAAGUUAAAAAGAAAGUAAAACAAAUGUUAAUGAGGUGAAAAUACUGAGUAUUCUCACCUCAUUAGAUGUUUUUUAUUUCAUUUACCUUUAAAAAUACUUUAUUCUCUUGUACUUUUUGGUCUGAAAAAAAGAAUGAAUUCAUGAUUUAGGCUUCAGGACAAUUAUUUCCAACAUUCUUCUUUGUUUAGUAAUUAUCCAAAGUGAAGCAUCACAGCUCCACAACUGGACUAGUUUGAGACACUGCUUGUGAUGGACUGGGCAUUUAAUUUUUUUGAAGCACUUUUGUGCUAAACAAAAUAAUUUCCCCGAUCGUUGCCUUCAAGAAAACAGUGUUGUUUUGAGCUGAGGACAACAGAACAUAUACUUUAUUCAUACAUGAAACAUACUGCUCAUACACCUGGUUUUAUUCCAAACCAUUUCCGAUGAGGUCACACAGUAGUGUAGCUGUUACUGUGUUGCAGGUCAUACUGUAUUUGUUAGCAUAGAUGUGUUCUGUAGUACGGUCACUUCCACAGCUGCAUAUUUGUCACAGAUCAUUUGGAUAGUUUGUGUUGAUGAGACCAGCAUCUGUAGAAGUGUGAUCACUCUGGUUUAUUGAAACUACCCCACACAGUAAGUGGACAUUAAUGCAUGGCAAGCCGUUUACAGAUCUAAACAACUUUCAACAUUUAGCUGCUGUGUUUCUCAGAGUGUUACAAACAUUGUAAUGAAAGCAUCUUUGUUCAGCAGUCUGUGUCAAAAGGAGUGCGUCCUGAGACACAUCCACUUCUAAUAUGGGAAGAAGCGGUCCCAUGCUGGUUGAGCCUGCUUGUUGAAUGUCCCAUUGACUUUUUGUACGUUUGGUAGUGUGUGUGUGUGAGUAUGUUUAUUUUGUACUUGAAUCAUGACUAGCUUUGAAUCAAUGAAGUGAUGUCAAUGUUGCAUUAUUCAGGGUUGUCAAUAGCAUACUUGUUCCUCAAUCUACCUAUGCUGCAUUUCAGAUUUUCUAAAAAACAAAAAAAAGGUAAGUGUGAGUGAACUUUCACCCUGUUGGAGGACGGCUACUGUCUCUAGUUAUGAAUGCCAUUUACUGUAACUGUAAUACUAUUCAUGACAAUAAAGGUUUUUUUUUUAUAAA